AUGUGCGCCAGCAGAAACCCCGAGUCACUUACCAAUGAGGGAGAGUUCCACGCUCGAGUUCCUCCAUCCAAGCCCAUGAUGAAGGGAGGUCAUGCUCCCGGCGUUCAUCUCGGCAAGGAUGCCGUCCCCGAAUUCUCCGCAGAGACAUACCCCCCUGGCACUGCACCUCGAGAGAACACCUACCUGCCGAAUCCAUACGAUGAGUCCGGACGUCGACCUUCACACCCGGAAAUGGAGAAACCUACUCGCAAAACCUCGGAGACCGCUCAAGGCGGUGCCAGCGCAGAAAGUCACCGGGGUAAGGGACAGCCCGGCCAGGGCAUGACGUCGAAGGGCUCUCAGGGCGGCCAUUAG